GAGGCACGGAGGGGGCUGGAAGAGAGUAAAGGGCUGUUGUUAAACAGUUUCUUACCGUAAGAGGGAGUUCAGACCUAGAUCUUUCCAGUUAAUCACACAACAAACUUAGCUCAUCGCAAUAAAAAGCAGCUCAGAGCCGACGGCUCUUCUAGGCUCUGACUGCGCACGGGAUUGUCUCACCGGGCACCUCCGCCGGUGGGAGCCGCAGCGACUCCAGCAGCGCCAUGUGGGUGACCCAACUUCUGCCGGUCCUGCUGCUACAGCAAGUCCUCCUCCGUCUCCUCCUUCUGCCCAUCGCCAUCCCCUACGCAGAGGGACAGAAGAAAAGAAGAAAUACACUUCAUGAAUUCAAAAAGUCAGCAAAGACUACUCUAAUCAAAGAAGACCCAUUUCUGAAGAUAAAAACUAAAAAAAUGAACACUGCAGACCAGUGUGCUAACAGAUGCAUUAGGAAUAAAGGACUUCCAUUCACGUGCAAGGCCUUUGUUUUUGAGAAAACGAGAAAACGAUGCCUCUGGUUCCCCUUCAAUAGCAUGUCCAGUGGAGUGAAAAAAGAAUUUGGCCAUGAAUUUGACCUCUAUGAAAACAAAGACUAUAUUCGAAACUGCAUCAUUGGUCGAGGAGGCAGCUACAAGGGAACCGUAUCUAUCACUAAGAGCGGUAUCAAAUGCCAACCCUGGAAUUCCAUGAUCCCACAUGAACACAGCUAUCGGGGUAAAGACCUACAGGAAAACUAUUGUCGAAAUCCUCGAGGGGAAGAAGGGGGACCGUGGUGUUUCACAAGCAACCCAGAGGUACGCUACGAAGUCUGUGACAUUCCUCAGUGUUCAGAAGUUGAAUGCAUGACCUGCAAUGGGGAAAGUUAUCGAGGUCCCAUGGAUCAUACAGAAUCAGGGAAGAUUUGUCAGCGCUGGGAUCAUCAGACACCACAUCGGCACAAAUUUUUGCCUGAAAGAUAUCCCGACAAGGGCUUUGAUGAUAAUUAUUGCCGCAAUCCUGAUGGCAAGCCGAGGCCAUGGUGCUAUACUCUUGACCCUGACACCCCCUGGGAGUACUGUGCAAUUAAAAUGUGCGCUCACAGUCCUGUGAAUGACACUGAUGUCCCUAUGGAAACAACUGAAUGCAUUCAAGGUCAAGGAGAAGGUUACAGGGGCACCAUCAAUACCAUUUGGAAUGGGAUUCCAUGUCAGCGAUGGGAUUCUCAGUAUCCUCACCAGCAUGACAUAACUCCUGAAAAUUUCAAGUGCAAGGACCUAAGAGAAAAUUAUUGCCGAAAUCCAGAUGGGGCUGAGUCACCCUGGUGUUUUACCACUGAUCCAAACAUCCGCGUUGGCUACUGCACCCAAAUUCCAAACUGUGACGUGUCAAGUGGACAAGAUUGUUAUCGUGGAAAUGGCAAAAACUAUAUGGGCAAUUUAUCCAAAACAAGAUCUGGACUAACGUGUUCAAUGUGGGAAAAGAACAUGGAAGAUUUACACCGCCAUAUCUUCUGGGAACCAGAUGCUAGUAAGCUGAAUAAGAAUUACUGCCGCAAUCCUGACGAUGACGCCCAUGGCCCCUGGUGUUACACUGGGAAUCCUCUAAUUCCGUGGGAUUACUGCCCUAUUUCUCGUUGUGAAGGUGACACCACACCUACAAUAGUCAAUUUAGACCAUCCUGUAAUAUCUUGUGCCAAAACAAAACAAUUACGAGUUGUAAAUGGGAUUCCAACACGAACAAAUGUGGGAUGGAUGGUUAGUUUGAAAUACAGAAAUAAACAUAUCUGUGGAGGAUCGUUGAUAAAAGAAAGUUGGGUUCUUACUGCAAGACAAUGUUUCCCUUCUCGAAACAAAGACUUGAAAGAUUAUGAAGCUUGGCUUGGGAUUCAUGACGUCCACGGAAGAGGAGACGAGAAACGCAAGCAGGUUCUAAAUGUGUCCCAGCUCGUCUAUGGACCCGAAGGUUCAGAUCUGGUUUUACUGAAGCUUGCUAGGCCUGCCAUCCUGGAUGAUUUUGUCAACACGAUUGAUUUACCUAAUUACGGGUGCACAAUUCCUGAAAAGACCACUUGCAGUGUUUAUGGCUGGGGCUACACUGGAUUGAUCAACUCUGACGGUCUGUUACGAGUAGCACAUCUCUACAUUAUGGGAAAUGAGAAGUGCAGCCAGCAUCACCAAGGGAAGGUGACUCUGAACGAGUCAGAAAUAUGUGCGGGGGCUGAAAAGAUCGGAUCAGGACCAUGUGAGGGGGAUUAUGGCGGCCCACUUAUUUGUGAGCAACACAAAAUGAGAAUGGUUCUUGGCGUCAUCGUUCCUGGUCGUGGAUGUGCCAUUCCCAAUCGUCCUGGUAUUUUUGUCCGAGUAGCAUAUUAUGCAAAAUGGAUACACAAAGUUAUUUUAACAUAUAAGGUACCACAGUCAUAGCUCAAGUAAGUGUGUCUGAAGCAUCCACCAAUACAGCUCUCUUUUACGUGAAGAUUUCAGAGAAUGUGGAAUUGAAAUGUCACUUAAAACAACCUAAGACAACUACUUGAGAGUCAUGUUUGUUAAAAUACUCAAUAUUUGUGGGUGUUUUCUGUUGUUUUGUUUGUCAGUGUUAUUUUGUAAAUGUUGAAAUGAGUUAAGGUACAUGCAAGUGUAGUAACAUAUUUCCUGAAGAUACUUGAACGGAUUAAAAAAUGCAAAGGUGUAAUUGCUGGAUGAUAAAAGAUUUAACGG